AACGCCACGUCCUCCUGUUCUCUCUCAGCCCAGUCCUUCAGUCCCACACUUUAUAAAGGUCAUUAUAGUACCGAUGAUGGUGUUGUUAUUAUCGCCUGUUGUGACGGGGGCGGGCUCAAGGCCGAGCUGCGCUCUGAUUGGCUGUGAUGCGCUCCGCUGUAGCACAUGCUUCCGCUCCGUGGAGGUGCGCAUGCGCAGCGAACCCUCUCCUCUGAUAUUUUAUUUACUCCCGAAGCCCAAGAUGGCUCCUGUGAAUGUCUCAGCCCCACAGCAAAUCGAGGAUGCAAGUGGCUGCUGAAAAAACAACUUUUCCCCCACCGUCGCAUCCCCUGGAGUCCAAUCCGUAUGCUGCGGAGGAGGCUUUAACGCCCGUCUAGGCCUCGAGCAGCCGUCGGAGCUUCGCGGAACCCUCUUCAAUCCACCAAUUUGGAGUAGUUUCGCGAAGUAGCUCUUCUCGCUGUCCGUCCGGAGCGAGGUUCAGGCAGGCAGGCUGCUCAUCCAAAUGGCCGAACCAAGAAAAGUGCAGUUUGUCACCCUGUCGGCCUUCGCGGCUGGGGGAGCAGCGGAGUCGCGGAAACGUCGGUUAGAGGAUGGGGCCGAUUUCAACUUCGACAGAGCCGGGGAGCGGGGGGUAACCAGCGGGGCAGCAGACAGCGCCAGCAAUGGUCGACACGGCAAACCCGGCGACAGGGACACGGCUGCUGCCGAGAGGAGGGCGACGGUUCGGCUCAACCUGCCCUUGUCCGAGCCGGACGAGCGCUCCUCCGCCGAGUUCAACUACGGCGAACUCGUCCAGAACCUCCAGCCAAAGAGCGCCGUUCCAGCCCACAAGCCCAGGGAUCCCUUCAGCGACGAGGAGGUGGAGCGGCUCCAGGUUGAAGCUCUGGCAAAAAAGUUUGAAAACAAAUAUGGUAACACUGGGAAGAAGAGGAAGGACAGGAUGCAAGACUUGAUCGACAUCGGCUUUGGUUAUGAUGAGACGGAUCCUUUCAUAGACAACUCUGAAGCUUACGAUGAGCUGGUGCCAGCGUCCCUGAGCACAAAGCUGGGGGGGUUUUACAUCAACACCGGCACGCUGCAGUUCAGGGCGACCUCCGACUCAGAGGGGGACGACGACCAGAAGGGCAAAACCGAUGAGGAGCAGGGGAUGAAGAAGAGGAAGAAGAAGGAGGUGAACAACCUGGAGGAGAAGAACUUGAAGAAGAACAAAACCACCAAACCAGGAGUGACGCCUCUCGACCUGCACCGGCCGGAGAAGAAGAAGAAGAAGAAACUGAUGAAGGACUCGCUCUACCUGGCCUCCAUGCUCCGCCGCUUCACCCGAGAGAAGGAGGAGCUGAGGAGGAGGAACCCCGCCGUGGUUAACGCCACCCCAGGAAUUAACAGGACUCCCCCCAGCAACUCCUCGAACCUCCUCCUCACCUCCAACUCCACGCAGCCGCAGGGCAACGCGGCCGCCAACGACCUCUCGCUGGCAGAGCUCGCCACGGACCCAGCCGUGAUGUCACUGCUGGGCUCGGCCAAUGAGAAGGAGCUGCAGGAUCUCCUGAGCGACUUGGACUUCAGCUUGUUGGAGACCCCCCAGCAGCACACAAUGGUGUCUGCCAGAGAGAACGGCAUCCUGGGAGUCGGAGUUCCCUCUCAAAAAGGAGUGGGAGGUGGCCAGGGGCGGGGCCCCGGGUCUUCCAGCGGACUGUUUCCCCCCCCUCCACUUCCUGAAGGCCUGCCCGCCCCCCUGUUAAAACGCAUUGAAGACCUGAGAGCGGCCUCGCGGCAGUUUGACCAGGAGGGCAGGAAGAAGUUCUUCACGCUGGACAUGAACGACAUUCUGCUGGACAUUGAGCUGCAGGUCCAGGAGCAGCCUCCUGAGGUGCGCUCGCUCAUCUACUCGCACAUGGAGGCGUUUGUGCCGUGCAACAAAGAGGCGCUGCUCAAGCGGCUGAAGAAGCUCAGCCUCAACAUCCAGGACGACCGGCUGCGGGCGCCGCUGCUGAAGCUGAAGCUCGCCGUGUGCAGCGUGAUGCCGGAGCAGAUCGCCAGAUACAACACGGACUGCAUGGCCAAGGUUGCAAAGCAGCAGUCAGAAGAGGGGGAUAGAAACGGCUCGGAGGAGGAGGACGAAGAGAAACCCGGGAAGAGGGUGAUGGGUCCUCGGAAGAAGUUCAUCUGGGAUGACAAGCUCAGGAAUCUACUGUGUAGUUUGGUGCGGGUGAAGCUGAGCUGCUAUGAGAUGGAGAAGCAGUGCUCUCUGUCGGUGGAGGACUACCUCAAGGCCUUUCUGGAGAACGAGGUCAAACCCCUGUGGCCCAAGGGCUGGAUGCAGGCCAGGAUCCUCUUCAAGGAGAGCCUCUCUGUUCACCAUCACCUCACUGGGAACCUGGUCCGGAGGAGGAUGAUGCCUGCAGCCAAGACCAAAACCAAGGAGUGUCUUUGGAUCCACAAACCUCCUCCCACCAUGACCUCCACACCGGCUCAGAGCUCCGCCCGCCUGCCCCCCGUCUCCUCGCCGUCGGAGCUCAUCUGUCUGUCGGACUCUCUGGACGAGGAUCUGACCGCUCCGUCUCUGGACUCCAUCUCGCACGCGCUGGCGCUCCUCAGCAACGCCUCCAAGGGCCUGAGCCCCGCAGACAGCCCGCUGUCGCCUCCCCCGCUGCAGAUGCCCACCUCCUCGCCCCCGCCCGUCACUCCUCACUACCCCUCCGCCUUAGCCGCCCCCCCCAAGCAGCAGCAUUCCCUCGCCAAGGCAGAGACGGCGCCGCCCGCUGGGAAGAUCCCGCCCACGACGCUAGCAAACCCCUCGUCUACCUCCUCGCCUCCCGUCGCCCCCUCAGCGGCGCGGGGGCCGAUGCCCCCCAGGACUGUGGACGGUCACUACAUGCAGGUUAAAGGACUGAACCCUUUGGGUCAGAGACUGGUUACCAUGGCGCCGUCCAAUCACAGGCCGGGCCCUGUGAAGAUGAGCGCGCGCCCCUCCCCUUCAUCGUCUUCCUCAGCGGCGCCCCCCCAUCAGAAGGUGUUCACCAGCCCAGGCGGGAUUCUGGGAACUCUGGCGCCCGCUGCGGGGCUGACGAAGAGCUGCGCCAAACCCAACGGCGCCGCCGUCAACUGCAUCGUCACCUCCUCCUCCUCCUCCCUCUCCCGGCCCUCCUCCACCUCCCACCACGUCCUGCCGUCCUGCCCAGAAACCCCCGUCCUCCACGAGCAGCGUCUUCGGCGGCAAAGCCCCCCCGCCAUCAGCGGACAAAAACCCGGCGUCGCCCUCGCCUUCAGCCAGUCAGAGGCAGCGGGCGGCGGUGGCGGCGAACUCGAAGGCGGGAAACGGGUGGGCCUCUUUAGGAACUUCAGCCACGUCUUCCACAACGUCUCACCUGUCGCAGGCUCCUCCCGCCGGCUCCGCCCUCCUGGGAAACCACUCCGCUCUGCCGCUGGGCUUCGGGAUGUUGGGGGGUCUGGUUCCCGUCUCGCUGCCCUUUCAGUUCCCGUCGCUGAUCAACUUCAGCUCCGCCGGAGCUGCAGGAUCAGCCGGCAUGGCUUCAGCGCCCGGCUCCAACUCAGGAUACCCGCUAGCACAGAGCGACCUCAUGGAUCUGUUCAAGAGUCUCCAGUCGGGGUCGCAGACUGCUCUACCUCCUCACUUGCAGCUCGCUUUCACAGACGCCAACCAAAGCCAGGGUGGAGACAUGAAGAGGAAGAGCCACUGACCAGCCUCUGUGGGCGGAGCCUCCACCGCCGGACCUGAAGGAAUUCAUCCGAAGAAGAAUGGACGUUUUUCUAGAAGGAAGUUGGGUUUGAGAGAGCAGCGAAUGCAUGAAACCUUCUGUCAACAUGUUUACAUUCGACCGACCGUGAUCACUGUGGAGAGAGAGAGAGAGAGAGAGAGAGAGAGAGAGAGAGAGAGAGAGAGAGAGAGAGAGAGAGAGAGAGAGAGUCGUACGAACCGUCGUGUCCGUAGAAGUUUAUCGUCCUGCUCCCACCAGUGACUGUUAAGUUGUAGCUUAAAUUAAUAAAUUAUUUGUAUUUUACACAGGGACAAGAACACGUGAGAGAAGGCUGAAUGUGUGUUUGCAGAAAUGAUGUUCAGAUCAUUUCCUCUGUGACGGGUGAGGAGGCCACGCCUCCCGUUGGGAGGAGUCAAACGUGUUUUUGGUGCUCGAGAAUCUCACUGGACCUUUUUCUGAAUGAAGAAAGACUUGAAGAUGUUUCUGGAUCCUCCUGGAUGGAGGAGCGUGAGGGAGAAACACCAGAUUGUAGCCUACUUGAAUUAUUUUAAUUGUAUUUUCUUUGCUUACUGAUAACUUAAUGAGAAAACGCCUUAGUUUGUAUUGAACCGUAUGAACCAGAUCUAUGCAGGCCUGAAAAUCUCCGUUUGUUUGGACCUCAGCGGGUCGGAGCGUUUCUGCACAUGUGAAUGUUUGAUGAAGUUGAAGUGAAGCUGAAGUUCCUCGGAUCAUCUUCAGAUGUAGCAACAAUUCUUAAGGACUUCCAAGUUUGGACUUCAGCUUUUUUAUUUUCUCCAAAUGAAAUAAUCAAUUAGUCCUGAUUAAAACAGUUCUAAUGCAAAGGCAAUAAAACUGUUUCAAUGGGCAGAGGAGCACAUUUACAUUCACAUUUACAGAACCGGACGGAAGAAGACGUGUUUGAGAUGAAGGACCUGAAGACUAGAGCUGCCUUUACUAAAGAGUUUCAUGUUCUGCAACGUCCUCUCUAGUCGCAACGGCCCCUCUUGAGGGAACGUCGCCUCUAGUCACGUCUCUAGUUGCAUCGUCGCCACUAGUCACAAUGUCUCUAGUCGCAAUGUUGCCUCUAGUUGCAACGUCUCUAGUCGCAACGUCUCUAAUUGCAACGUCGCCUCUAGUUGCAACGUCUGUAGUCGCAACGUCGCCUCGAGUCGCAACGUUGCCUCUAGUUGCAGCGUCGCAUCUAGUCCCAUUGUCGCCACUAGUCACAACGUCUUUUGUCGCAACGUGGCCACUAGUCACAAUGUCUCUAGUCGCAACGUCGCCUCGAGUCGCAACGUGGCCACUAGUCACAAUGUCUCUAGUCGCAACGUCUCUAGUCGCAACGUCUCUAAUUGCAACGUCGCCUCUAGUUGCAACGUCUGUAGUCGCAACGUCGCCUCGAGUCGCAAUGUUGCCUCUAGUCGCAACGUCUCUAAUUGCAACGUCGCCUCUAGUUGCAACGUUGCCUCUAGUUGCAGCGUCGCAUCUAGUCCCAUUGUCACCACUAGUCGCAACGUCUCUAGUCGCAACGUUGCCCUUAGUUGCAAUGUCUCUACUUGCAACGUCGCCUCGAGUCGCAACGUGGCCACUAGUCACAAUGUCUCUAGUCGCAACGUCGCCUCGAGUCGCAACGUGGCCACUAGUCACAAUGUCUCUAGUCGCAACGUCGCCUCGAGUCGCAACGUCGCCUCUAGUCGCAACGUCUCUAGUCGCAACGUCUCUAGUCGCAACGUUGCCCCUUGUUGCAAUGUCUCCAGUCACAAUGUUACCUCUAGUCACAAUGUCUCUAGUCGCAACGUCUCUUCUAGUUGCAACUUCCCCUCCAGGUGCAGUCAUGUAUUGAUGCUCUGAACACAUUUUUUGAUCCAUCUUCCAUUUAUUGUGAAACGACGUGAUUCUGUUACUCAUCUUAACUUCAGCUGCAGGAGGAAACUCCGCCCUCUAAGUGUUUGUUUGUGUAACUGCAGCAGAUUCUGUUUUAUUUAUUUUGACAGAUCAGUUUCUGACCUACAAAGUGUUUACUCCUAGAAACGAUAGAGUUUGUUUCUAGUUUGAGGCUGGAAUACACUUUUACAUUAAACAGCUCGUUGGCCCUGUGGUAGAGUGUCCACCUUGAGACUGGAAGGUCACGAGUUUGAAUCCAGGCCGAGUCGUACCAAAAGGGGUCAAAUGCAGGGAACAAACGUCACACAUGUAACACGACAACUAAUAGAACUUUAAAUUUGGACAGAAGCUCCGCCCCCUCAUGCCUGAUCCAGACCUUCUGACUUUCUUGGGUUGGACGUUACCUGGAUCAGGUGAUCAGCUGUGGGCGGAGCAGGAAGUUGAACCUUGAGGACCAGAGUUUUUGUCUUUCCUCCUUUCAAAAUAAAAGUUUCCACCAUCGUCGGUUACAAAACCCAAAAUAAAAGCCUCCGUUUUGGUCAAAGAAUCUCUUCAGUGACGGCAGCUUCGUCCUUCAUGGUUCUGUUUGGAGUCGAAUGAAGAAGCCGACAGCUUUCACCUCUUCUGAACGCGUUUCCCAGAAUACCUCUGUUAGGAAAACUGUUCUUCCUGAGUCUGUCUGCGUGCCCCCCCCCCCGUGUGUGUGUGCGCGUGCACGUGUGUGUGUGGUUGCACCUGAGAAGACGCCAAAGACUGUUGUAGCCCCUCAGGAGGGGGCGCCGCCGGUUCCUCUGACGGCUCCUCCUGCAGAGCGGCGAGCGUGGAUGUGGAGUCAUGUGACCGGAGCGCUGGGUGACGUCUUUAUGAGGCGCGCGAGGAGGAGAGGCGCGGCGCGGCGUGGUUAUCCGCUUACCUAAUUUGGUCUUUUGUAGAUUAUUUUUGUGUGUCUGUUAAAAAAAUUAAACAAAAUAUUUGGUUUUUA